AUGUCACAACCCAGCGACCAGCAGCAAGCCGAGUGGGGCAGGGCCCUCGCCGACGGGUACCAGAAGUUCCCACGAAUCGCCGCCUGCCUAUCGACUGGCAUUACGGUCGACCCCAUAGCUUUGAUCGGACAGCUCUCCACGCCCAGCCCCGUAAGCGAAUGCCUUCAGGCCGCCUUCCAUACCAUCGAAACCUACCUGAACCACCAAGAAUUUGAGCGCCAGCAGAAAGCGGAUGAAUUCAGCAAAAUGGCCGCAGCGCUGGCCAAGGCAGUCACAGACGGCAGCUCGGCCCGCGAAAAGCCUAGGCGACGCCUAACCACCGACCCCGAGCCGUUCUCAGGAGAAGAAAAGGACAUUGCGAAGCGCCAGGUCAACUAUGUCAAUUGGCGCUCACACAUCGGCCGUGUUCUUCAGACCGACAGUCACAUCUUCAAGACCGAGUUCGAGAAGCUCCAAUACACCGCGGGCCGCCUCACAGGCGAAGCGUACCGGCUCUUCCAGGCCCGAUUCGAUGUGCUCACCGCGAGCAAGGACAACAGACAACUGUGGCCGUGGGACUCGACAAAAGACCUCGUUGCGGCCCUCGACGGAAUUUACGCCAUGAUGGACUUGAGUAAGACAGCGGCAUUGGAUUAUGACGAUUUAUGGAUGAAGGGACAGCCGUACCCCUAG